AUGGCAACGCCCUUACGAACCUGCAGCCUCUGCAUCCGCCGUCAAUAUCUCGCCCACCACACGAAUUCCCGAUUCUUCUCGACGCGAUCUCCCCUCCGCAACGCAAACCCCCUCCGCACCGGCAAUGCACGCCCAACAAGCAAAGACCAAGACAUCGCCAAUACCCGCCGGUCGAUGACCCGCUCCGCCGCGGGGAUUGCAGCCUGCGCAGUUGCAAUGUACGGAAUUAUCGAGCUGGAUGUCUUUGGCCUGAAGCAAGCAGAGCAGAACAAACAGGCUCCGGAAGCCACCAAGACCAACUCCGGAGCCAUGAAAAUGGACGGACCACCAGGCUUCCCCAGCCAAGAUGCGAGCGGACACUCUGUGAUCCGGGUUGAAGGACAAGAUGGCGCAGACUUCGUGGAGACAGGAACUAGCACAAUUCCGUAUUUCCCGAGUACCAUUCGUCUCCCUAAGACUGUCGAUGCGAAUUUGAAUCCCGGUGAUGAUGUCCCGCCUUCUGUGGAAGAAGAGGAAUACCAGCUGCUGGGUCUGGGAAUUCGCACUGUCUCUUUCCUCUCUAUCCAGGUCUACGUUGUCGGGAUGUACGUUGCGACAGCCGACAUCUCGGAACUCCAGCAGCGGCUCGUCCGCACGGCACUUAACCCGCCCGUCGACAACACCAAAAGUGCAGUUACCGAAGGCGCUGGCGCAAACUACGCUACUUCACUUGUUCCCGGAGAACGCCAACAACUUAAGAACCUCCUCCUCGACCCCGAAAAGGGCGAUGAUGUCUGGGACGCCAUCUUAAAGAAGGACGGUCUGCGCACGGCCUUCCGCAUCGUACCAACCCGGAACACCGAUUUCCUGCAUCUCCGCGACGGCUGGGUCCGUGGUAUUACCGCGCGCGCUCAAAAGGCUAAUGCCCGCGCCAACGCUGACGCGAGUACCUCCGCACAAGGCGAGUACGAAGACGACACCUUCGGCACAUCUCUGAACACCUUCAAAGGUCUUUUCGGCGGUGGACAGCGGAAGAGCGUGCCCAAGGGGCAGAUACUGGUUCUGGCGAGGAGUCCGCGCGGGGAACUUGAUGCGUUGUUCCGGCCUGGGGUGGACAAGCCGGUGGCUUGGUUGGGACGGGUUGGUGAUGAGCGGAUUAGUCGGUUGGUGUGGUUGAAUUAUCUCGCGGGGAAGAAUGUGUCCAGUGAUGCUGCGCGCCGGAGUGUGGUUGAUGGUGUUAUGGGGAUUGUGGAGAGGCCUGUUGGGACGGUCGUUCAGAAGAUUGUAUAA